UUUUUUAAUUCUUCUAACACUUCUGGGAUAUGGAGGGCACAUUGUGUUUUUCCCAUCUUAGAGGUGAAAUAAUUGAUGGUCAGAGUCCCAAAGUCAUUUGACUCUGGCCGCUACUGCACAACUGACGGUGACAUAAAAUGCAAGUCUAACAAUGUCACCCUAUCUCUGCCAAAUCAUAAAUAAUAAAAUCCCAUGACACAGCUUCUAUUUAGAGUGUAGAUUCCUUAUGUGGAUUUGUCAGGCCUUUUUUUUAUUUCUAUGACCAGGGCAACCCCUGGCCUGCUCCUGCUGAAGCCGUUGCCUCACUUUCCGGUCUGAGCUUCUCCUCUGCCCACCCCUUCUCGUUGUCACACUUGAGCCAUAAGGAGCUACAUAUAGUUCCUUAUAUCAAGGGCUUCCACAUUCCUUUCCAUUUUCUUGCCCUGUGGCCUCUGCCUCAAUGCCCGCCUUCCCCAUUCUCAUCCUCCAUCCCCCUAUGUGCCUGGCUAAGGCCAGUGGAGUCUUCCAGACUUGGCUUAGGCAGUGCCCCCUCUACAAAACCUUUUCUGACCAUCUUUACACCUCAUGGGGCGGGGGAAGAGGUUAGCUGGCCGUCACUGGUGCGUCCACAUCAGCCUAUUCCUCUCGGAGUAACAAACACCACACUGUAAUUGGCAUUUCAUGUGUUAUUUUCUCUCAUAGCCUAUAAGUAAAAAAAUAUUUUUUAGAUACUAGCAAAUAAAGGUGAGGUAACAAACUUUUUUUUUUUUUUAGCAAAUAAAGGUGAGGUAACAAACUUCGUUUUCAUAAUCUUCAUCCCCAGAGGUGGAACAUGUACAGGAAGCUAGAGAUAGGUUGCAGGGUACCUCUCGGUGGAAUUCUUCCUCCCUGUUAUUAUCUCUGUGUCUGGGUGCAUCACAAGCAGGGACUCAGCCCAGAUGGUAGGGUUAUGUGACUGUCCUGUGGGCCUGCCAAGUGUGUGGCUGCAUCCAGAUCCCACCCAUGGGAUCACAACUGCUGCCCACUUAUCACCCCCACUGACCCAACCCUUGACACCACACCCUAUUGACAUGUUUAAGAGGGAAGCUGGUUUCCCAAGUCUGUGUCAACACAGUCACUGAUGAAGAAGCAGGUCAUUAUGGUAGAAUGAACACAAGUUUCACAAUUAGACAGACCCACAUGAGAAUCUCAUUGAUGCUGUUGACUAACUGUGUGACCUCAGAAAAGUCACCUAAACGCCAGGGGGUUUGGUUUCUAUACCCAUAAAGGAAGAGCGAUUGAUGCUAUUUUGAUAAUUUGAGAUUAUUUUGUAGAGCACUUGGUACAUAAGGGAUAGUCAUAAAAUAAGCCACCAUUAUUAUGAAGAAAUUCAAGCUUACAGUACAAUAAAUCAUGGGAUUAUUAAUAAUAUAGCAAAAGGAUUCUGCCGUUAUUGAAGAAAUCACCAUAUUUUUGCUUUAAAUAUUACAGAUUUAAAUUUUAAAAAAAUUGUUUAAAGCAUGAACAUAGGAAUGAAAUUAAUUAAUUAAUUAAAAAUCCAGUUGCCAUUGAGUCAGCUUGAUUCCUGGCGACCCUGUAUGUGUCAGAGUAGAAUUGGGCUCCAUAGGGUUUUCAGUGGCUGAUUUUUCAAAAGUAGAUUGCAAGGCUUUCUUCCCAGGCCCCUCAGGGUGGACUCAAACCUUUAGUCUUUGGAUAACAGCCAAUCAAGUUAACUUUGCAUUACCCAAGGAUUAACUGUUUAGCCUUAGACUUAUCUCUUUACUUCUCUUAGCCUUGGUUUCUGUAUCUCUGUUGUGGGCAUGGAGCCCUGGUGGCACAGUGGUUAAGUGCUGUGGCUGCUAACCAAAAGGUUAGCAGUUAGAAUCCAUGCUGUUCCUUGGAAACCAUAUGGUACACCUAUAGAGUACCUGUGUGACCUCAUAAAAGUCAACUAAACACUCGGGGCUUUGGUAACCUGUAGGGUUGAUAUGGGUCAGAAUUGACUCGAUGGCAAUGGGUUAUUGACUUGAUGGCAAUGAGUUAUUGUGGGUGUAAUAAGACCCACCUUGCAGGGUUGUGGGUGUGAGAUGAGAAAUGAAUGCUCCAAGAGGCAUGGAAAGGACCAAGCUUCACGAAGCACAGGGCUGGCUUUCAGUAGGUGGCUGUUUUUUGAAAUUUCUUCCCCUAAAGCUGUCUUACUUCCAUCCUGUGGCCCUGAUCCUACCUGAAUCCUAACCAGCUUGUUCCUGAGCUCCAAGUAAGCCUUGGAGAGGAAGUGUAGAAAUCUGAAUAAAAACAUUCUCUCAGACAAGAAACGUGACUCAGCACUGGGCACUGAAAAACAGCAUCGAAUGGAGAGUCAGGAAGAAAUUCAGUACCAGGCCUGGGAUGGUCACCUUCUCUCCUGGGUCAUGGGGUCCCUCAUCCUUCAAGUGAAGGAAGUAUUUAGGUGACUUUUAGCUCUUGCCUUCCUUGAGUAAAAUUGAGAGUUGAGUGAGUUGUCAUUCACAGACAAGGAAAGGAAAAAUUAUCUACAUCAUUCUACUCACAGCUCUGGUGCCUGAGAAGCCACUGGGUCCUGCCACAUCUGGAAUUAGCUCUGAACUCUUGGGCUUUUAAUUAAAGGGCUUUGUGAGUCAGAUGGUUUAUGACCACGUUCAGAUCUUAAAGGCAACACGGAAGGAGGUCCUGUAAUCUGUAGUCUACCUUUUCUAGAAACCAGCUCCCUCUCCCAGUGUGAGGGCUGGGAAUUGGGAGUCUCACAGGGGGACUUUCCAGGAAAGGCUGUGGUUGAGCUUCACCCCACAGCUUUGCUGACUUCAAGCCCCCGAGGCCCAGGAAAGUAGGUAUGUGCCUGUCAUCACUAUUCUUUAUGAGUUUCUGGGUUGUGCCUGGCUAGUCAGAAUCUGUUGUGGUUCCUCAAUGGUUGCCAGUUGCUCUGUUCCAACAUCUGUAGUGUUUCUUACCAAACGCCGUUUCUGCUUCAGAUGGUUUGUGCUGAAUGCAUUUUUAAUCCCAGGUGGUACAGGGGAUAAAAGGAUGUCUUUAAAAAGUGGUUUUUGAAUGUGUCAAAAGCAAAGCUGCCUGCUGUUUGUUUUUUACAAAUUGCCUCCCCAGAGGAGAGCUUGGAACCUCACCUUUCAAGAUGUCUCAGCUUAUAUUAGAAAGUGACUUAAAUAAAAUUUCUCUUCUGACCAUUGCUGCUGUGGUUGUCAGGCUAGCGAUCAUUUGUCUAACCCAAGUCUCCAGGGCUGUGCCUUCUCACCAUUUCAUCUUGCUGUGCUCCAAAGGAGGUAAAUCACACUUGUGAAAUUCUUCUACCUAGUGUCCCUGUGGAGAUGUGUGCACUGGUGUGUGUGCUUCCUAGAGAGACUGAAUUAUGAUUUCAACUAGACCUAUUGGUUUUUCUCAUGGAGCGCCUACCAUGUUCUGGGCAUCAUAUUAGAGCAAAAACUUUAUGAUCUUUUAGGUUCUAUAGCCAUUGGCCUUUGAAGUUUCCUGCAAAAUCACCUCAGUUCCUUUACUUUUCUUCCGAAAGCUGCUAUGUUUGAGGUUCUUGAAUAGGCCACCCUAUUGGAAUAUCUUUACAUCAGGGUUUCUCAACCUCGAUACCACUGAUAUUUUAGGCAGAAUAUAUCCUUCUUGUAGGGGGGCUGUCCUGUGCAUUGUAGGAUAAUUAACAGUAUUCCUACCUUCGACCCGCUAGAUACCAGUAGCGUCACAUACCCCCCAGUUGUGACAAUAAAAAAUGUCUGCACACAUUGCAGAUGUCUCCUCACUGUUAUAAAAAAAAAAAAAGGUUGUCAUCCAGUCAAUUCCAACUCAUAGCAACCCUAUAAGACAGAAUAGAACUGCCCCUUAGGGUUUCCAAGGCUGUAAUCUUUAAGAAAGCCGUCUGCCACAUCUUUCUCCUGAGGAAUGGCUGGUGGGUUCAAACCACCAACCUUUUGGUUAGCAGCUGAACACUUAACCACUGCACCACCAGGGCUGCUUCCUCACUGUUCUACAUUUACCAAAAUUCGUUUAUGCCCCUUGUCUUAUUUCCUCCUUGAAGUUAUGUGGAAGCAAUAAUUUUCGUUCCCUUUUACAGGUAAAGAAACUGAGGCCAAGAAAUUACUGCUGUCGUUGAGUCGAGUCCAACUCGACCCUAUAGGGCAGAGUAGAAUUGCCCCAUAGAGUUUUUAAGGAGUGCCUCGCGGAUUUGAACUGCUGGCCUUUUGGUUAGCAGCCGUAGCACUUAACCACUAUGCCACCAGGGUUUCUUGAGGCCAAGGAAGGGAGGAAAAUGGCCCAAGUCGAAUAGUGAGUUGGAAGGAGAGCUAAAGCUACCAUCUAAGUUUCUUGUCUUCCCAACCCAGUGGCUUCAUGGAUCAUGCAGUAAUGUGCUGGCAAAUGUUUCAUAAGUGGCUUUCUAGGGAGGCAAGAGCCCUAAUGUGGAGCAUUUGCCAAUUUCUGUGGUGUAAAUUCUUCUACCGUGGCCGAUUUCAACACGAUUUAAAUGUGAAGUUGGGAAGAGAUGCAGACAACUGACUCUGGUGAGCUGGUGCAAACCAUCUCCAGGAUACCAGUGGAAUCAUGUGUGCCUCUGUUCAAAUAUAAAUCUAGCUCUCUUUUAAACCUUGUUUCUUCACCCCCUCUCCCCGCCCCCCGAUACCCAUAGACACACACUUAUUACAGUGAUGUGCUAUGGGGGAUGCAUUAGCCUGGUAAGGGUUUCUGAUCACCUCUCUCUUCUGUGAAGUGAACAAUUUCUUCUUAGAAUCUUUCCAUAUAAGGGGUUGCAGGAGCAGUAAGACAGCCCUGGUCUUAGAACAGAACCCUUAGGGAGAUCAUCAACGGUAUCACUUGGGCAGAAUGAACUCCUGGGCAGGGACUAAGUGCUGUUGUUCCUUGUUGAACACGUUGAGUAUUUGGUGCUUGGGAGGUAUCAAAGUAAAGUCGGUCAAUGCGCUGUUGGAUGUACUGCUAUGGCUUGUAGGAGAAGGAUCUUGGCUGGAUUUUAGCUGAGAAAUGAGCUAUGACUACUGUGAGCCUUAAUUUCUUCACAUGUAAAGAGAAAUAAUAAUCUACUCUUCACUGUUGUUGUAAGGAGCAAGUGAACUAUCUUAGGAAGGCACUCAGUCCAAUAUCUCUCACAAAAUCGAUGCUAAUAAAUAGAUGAAAUAAAUAAUUAAAUGUUGCCCUUCCCCCCGCCAUCUUCCUUUCCUAAAUAUAUUCUUUAUUCAAUUCCCGCAGCCUUCGGUCCAAGUUGCUGCCGUUAAGAUACAAGCUGAUGAGGCAUAAAAGGUCUUUAGAUCCAGAGAAACUUGCACCUUAGUAGAAGUGCUCUGGAAGGCAUAAAGAUCCCAAUGAUCAAAAAGAGUAAAUCCCUAUUGCUCUAAUUCCAAGCACUUUGGGGGUACAGAACAGGAAAUGGGAGCACCUCACCAAAGAGGGUAAAGAAGGACCAUUGGCUUCACUGUCAUGGGUACCUGGGUUUGGUCCCAAAUCUGUGUGACCCUGAGUGAGUCUUAUAACCUCUCUGAGUGCAGAUGCGUACCCGCCCCCUUUGUUGCUUGACUGGUUGGCUGGUUGUCAUUAUAUUGUAAGCUCAUCAAACCUAAGUACUUAGCUGGUCUUGAAUCAUACCUUGAUUGGGAUCAGUGCCAUAUGCUCCUAGCCAUCUUAUCUGUGGUCCAUCAUCAGACCUAGGAGAGCCUAGGACUGUGGGAAGAACCCUUAGCUGGUUAUCAGGAGACCUCAAUUCUCAACCUGCUUUGGAUACCACUUGAUUACAUAACCUCGAGAAGUGGUUUGGUGUGAGUAGAAGGUGGCUAGCCCCAGGGAAGGGACUGGAGCAGAGUGUGGCAUUUCGAUUUUAUUCUGAAGGUUGCUGGAGUCCUUUGAAGGGUUUGAAGCAGGGGAAAUGCAUUAUCAGAUCUGUGCUUUAGAAAGUUCUUUCGGCAGAGAUACAGGAGCCACAGUCCAGGGAGGAGAAAACCAGUUAGAAUAACAGUCUAGUUAAAAAGUGAUGGGGCAGUCAGCAGGCACUAAAUGCUGCCUGGGAAAGAGAGGAGAUGCUAUGAGUCCAGAAAAAGGGGAGGGGUCGAUGUGGAAUGCAGUAUAAGAGGAGCAUCAGAGAAGACUUCAUGGAGGAAGUGAGAUGGCUGCUGGCUUGCAGAAUGGAGGUGAAAGCUUGGACUGCGGAACAGGGCAAGAAAACAUGAAGAUGCAGUAAAUUGCAUUUGGGUUUAAGCUGACAGUUUCUAUAAGUGAAGGAGUUCUAAUGGUGCAGGCAUUAAGCACUCGGCUGCUAACCAAAAGGUGGAAAGGUCAGUGGUUUGAACCCACCAGCUGCUCCACGGUAGAAAGGCAUGGCAGUCUAUUUCCAUAAAGAUUCAAAAAAAAAAAAAAUCAAACCAAACCCCAUUGAGUUGAUUCGGACUCAUAGUGACUCCGUCAAGUUUCCAAGGCUGUAAAUCUCUACGGAAACAGACUGCCACAUCUUUCUCCCCUGGAGCCAUUGGUGGUUUCAAACCACCAACCUUUUGGUUAGCAGUCAAUCAUCAUAACCACUGUACCGCCAGGGCUGCUUUUGCAGCCUUGAAAACCCUAUGGGGUAGUUCUACUCUGCCCUGGAGGGUCGUUGUAAAUUGUAAUUUAUUCAAUGGCAAUGGGUUCCUAUAAGGGAUGGGUCCCAGUUAGUAGAGACAUAGAUUUAGGAAGGAUUUGAACAAACCCUGGGUUUAAGAAUAUGGAUUUUGUUAGAAAGUGCUGGCUUUCACAUGGCAAGUGCAUUUUCCUGUAAUCAGUUUCCUUAGGGAUCUUAUCCUAGACAUUUUUCUAAUAUCUGCUGUCUCUCCUUCACUUUUUCCCGUGGCAAGGUGUAGGGUGCCUGAGGCCCUGAGGAGAGGGUGUGUGCAUUCACCUCCUGCAGCCCCGUGCUGCUGGGGAAGGCAGGACCCUUUGUGUGCUGAGAAUUAAUGAAGGGCUGAACACUGAUCAGCUGACUCCUGAUUUGCCUCACAGCAGGGAGCCCAGGAAUGAGAGCAGCUGUGCUAUUGUCUGACGCUCAAUGGCCAGUGUUUGUCUUCAAGGCCAGGGGUGACCCUUGUCAGCACUGUAGAUAAGCUGGCUCCAGCUGUCACAGGUACAUUCUCAAUUGUACCGUCAUGUUGACUCUGACCCUCUCUCCCCCUUACUAAUAAGGAGAGUCCUUGGCCUCCUGUUUGCCUGCUUUGUGUCCACCAGAGUGAGGGAUGAUUGGCUGUGUAGUGUCUGAGUGAAAUGAGAUUUGUACUUUCCGUGAAGUGUUAGAAAACAGAGUUCCUGGGAAAUGGUCUGAGCUUGCUAUCAUUACCUCUCAUGCUCAUUUGAGGAAACUGAGGCAAAGAGGGGUAAAAGGGCUCGCCCACGGUUGCACAACCAGUAAAUGCUUGGGUGAGAACUGGAAACCAGGCACCCUCUGGACUUCAGCGUUUUCCUGUUUGAUUUGGAUUGGGCAUUCUGAAGGAGGGCUCCAUUUUCAUAGUAUUUUUAGCAGAGUUUUGUCUCAUAAGAAAAUAACUUUCUCAAAUGCCAGUGUAUAUCAUAGGUUAAGCUCUUACAGAAACACGGCACUGGAGGGCUGUUCUACGCAUUGAGAGUCCUAAGUUCCAAAGAUAGCUGGGCCCCAGAUUCCUUCCUUCUACACAUUGCCCCAGUGGAGUCCCUGGGUGGUGCAAACAUUUAAGCGCCAGACUACUAGUCGAAAGGUCAGCUGUUUGAACCCAUGCAGAGGUUCCUUGCAAGACAGGCCUGAUGAUCUGCUUGAAAACCAUAUAAAUUUGUUCUACUCUGCAAACACGGGGUUGCCAUGAGUGGGAAUUGACUCAAUGGCAACAAACAACAACAAUAACAACAAGGAUCCAAGCAGAGACUGGAUCCCAGAUCUCUUGCUUCUCAAUCCAGGGUGCGUUGCCUUUCACCCUGGCCUUACCACAUGAGAGGAAUCUCUAUAGAACAUACAACACAAACCACCUAAAAGAUACCCCUUGUAGAUGAUACUGGAGACCAGGGGCCUCUGGGGAGUCUAGAGGUGGUUUGUGGGCCUCAGGUGGUAUUUGUCAUAUGAGACCUGGCAUGGCUUUUGUGUACACAAAUGGUGCAGCUCUUUGCACAAUGUGCUGGAGCAUACCAGAAUCACUGGAAACGUCGACAGCAAAUGACUAGCCAUGCUGGCUCUUGGAUUGUGCUCAGUGAACUGGGACCCUAGCACCAUUUCUUAGUUUCUCACUCUAGCCACCACGGGUGUUGCACCUCUUCCAUUCAUGUGCAACAGUUCAGGUCAGCUUUGCCCCACACUUGCCAAGGGGGCAUUUGUAUUUGCUGAAGGUCAAAUUGGUGCCAAGUAGUUCAGCUGGUCACUUUACAUGGACUAUUGUAGGUCAUCUUAACACCCUCCAAUGGAGCUAUUAUUGCCAUUUUACAUAUGUGGAAGCCAAAGCUCUUAGAGGUCUCCCAAGCUGGGACUGAAAUUCACAAAGGUUGGGCUGUAGAGCCUGGGCUCAUUCCACAGCCCGUUCUCCCACUUUUUGCAAAGCCCCAUUCUCCCACUGAUACUUCCAAAAGCAUUUGUUAUACUAGUUUACUAUUCAGCUACAGAUCAAAAUUCAAAAGCAGCAGUGUGUGUAAGAUCCUUCACCAUCUGCACCAGCCUCUUCUGCUGCUGUGUCUCCGCCGCUUCUCUCCUCCCUCUCCAGCCACUCUAUCCUGUUCACUGCCCUCAUAGGACAGUAGAAAACCCAUUUUACACAUUCAACAAGUAGCAUUUCUCCUGUGCAGGGCCCUGAACUAGUUACAGUAGUCUUCAAAGACGAAUAAGUCAUGGUUGCCCCUGUUAAGGCACUUCCCAUCUUCUGGUGGAGAUAAAACGUGAACAUCAGUAACUAUGGCAGCUUAGAAGAGGAAGCUCAUUUGAUCUCAAAAUAACCCAUGAGGCUUCCCCAGAAUAUAGCCCCAUAUUACCUACAUUUAACAGAUGUCACUCCUGAAGAUCAGAGGGGAGAAUGACUGGCUAAAGGUUACUAAACCCAGGCCAAGCUGGGGAUAGACUCAGGUUUCUUUACCUUCCUAGAAAACAUUUAUGCUACAUUGAGGUGUCCUCCUGGCUUGUGUCACCAGGGAUGGUCAAUCACAGACUCUGCAAUAUGAACACAGUGUUUUCCCUGCCUCUUCUGACACCUUCCUAAUGGAUGACAUGGCAGGGUGUUGGCGCUGAUAUCUCAUACCUGUUUAAGUGUGCCCCUCAUCCCAGGCCCCAAAGCCCUCGAAGGGAGGAGAGAGCAUAAAAAUGCCCUAGUUGUCUGGGAUUUAACUGUACUGUUGCUGAGAGUUGUCAGGGAGAGGAAGAGGCUGAUCUCGUUGGAUUUCUAAGGUACCUCCCUGCUGCCGCCCAACCCAGAGAAGGACCUGCAGUAAUUGACACUGUGAAGUGCCAUCUCAGAGAGAAGGGAAUCUACCUCAGCGCCUUCGUUCCGGGAGUGAGAUGUGAACUCUUUGAGAAACUGGGUAGAAUUUUCUACGGGCCCCAACAAGUUUGACAGGUGUCCUCCUGCCACCCACAUGCGAGUGCUUACCUUUGUGGCUGUUUAGGUGUAACGAAGGUCAUGGACAGAAGUUAAACCACAGCCUUGGGAAAUGGAACAAAUGGGAGCCCCAGAGUAGAGACAUGGGCUCUUGUUCUGAUUCCCUUACCACCCUGCUUCAGUUACCCCAUCUGUGAUGCUGGAACUAGACGCUCUCCAUUGCAGUAGAGCACAAUGGUUAGAGCAAGGGUGGGGUGUCAGUCUGACGGGUUCGAAUGCAUGUUUUACCACCUACUUGCCGUGAACAUAAGACUAGUCACUUCAGCUUCUCUGAGUCUGUCUCUAGUUCCUUCUUUGUAAAAUGUGGACAAUAGUACCAUUUUCAGUAGGAUCGUUAUGAGUUCUAAGUGAAGUAACCACAUGACAUAUUUAGCACACUGUAUGGCACACAGUAAAUGGCAGGUAUUCUGUUGCCAUCAUUAGCUCCUUGAUCUUUGACAAUCUGCAUCAGUCACCAUCAUGUUUUCUUGGCCGCUCGCACUCUCAGCUCCCCAUAACGGAUCCCCAGCAUGAAAGGCCAUAUGCCGGAAUGGAAGACACCUGCCUGUGAGCCGGGAGAACCGAGCUCUAGUCUUGGCUUUUCCAUCUACUUGGUGGGUGGCAUUAGACAAGUUUGUUCCCUUCUCUAGGUAUCAGGUAUUGCCUGAAUAACAGCAAUAAUCAUGAUAGUAAUAAUAACUUACACUUACUUUGGGUUUCAUACCUGAAACUUUUCUUGCACUUAAUGAUUUAUUUAAUCCGUAGAACAACACAAUGAGAUAACAGGAAAAAGAGAAAAAAGCUGUUGAGUCAGUUCUGAAUCAGUGACCCUAUAGGACAGAGCAGAACUGUCCCAUAGGGUUUCCAAGGAGCAGAUGGUGAAUUCGAACUGCCGAUCUUUUGGUUGGCAGCUGAGCUCUCAACCACUGCACUAGCAGGGCUCCACAAAAUGAGAUAGGCACUAUAAUUAUAGCCACUUUAUAGAAGAGGAAACUGAGACAGAAAAAUGAAGUAACUUGCUCAAGGUCUCAAACCAGUAAGUAGCAGAGAUGGGAUUCAGUGAUUCAGAGCCAGUGAGCCUGACUCCAGAUCUCUGUUCUUAGACAACUGUUCUUCACUGCUGCCACAUGAAGGUCCAGACUUUGUUUGUUAUAAAACCUUGUCACCAAAAAUAACGCUUUGUAAAAGCCCCAUGCAAACCUGAUAAAAAGCCUCCCUGCCUGUGUGACUGCAGGAUGCCAGCUCAGAGCCUUGCAGUGGGGACCUCUGAGAUGGUCCUCAGGGACUCAGGUUCCUCCUCCCAGCCCUUAGGCUUCUCUAGUGCAGCCGGAAAACCGCUGGACCAGAAGGCCUGUGAUGCUUCAUGAUUAAAUAAACAUCAGAAGUAGCUUCAUAUUUACCUGCAUUGAUGUGGGAGUUUGAUUCAAAACUGAUUUCCUGGUUUCAGAAGAACCGCAAAUUUUUUUUUUUCCGCUUGGCCAGAGAUUCUUAAGAAGGCAGAUUCUUAAGGAAAGAGAAAACAAAAACUGACUUUCGAAGUCGUCACCUUCCUCUCCGGGCCCAGGGGAUUGAAAGGGAGGAUUCCUAGUCUAAAAGGUUUAUUGUUGUUGGGUGUCAUCAAGUCAAUUCUUGCUCAUAGUGACCCCUUAUCACAGAUGAGAACUAUCCCAGAGGGUUUUCCUGGCUGUCAUCUUUAUGGAAACAGAUCACCAGGUCUUUCACCCGCAGAGCCAAACUCCCAGCCUCCAGGCAGACUUGUUACCUGCUGGGGCUGGAGAAGGGCCAGGCCUGGUCCCAGCGAUAUGCUGGCCCCUGGGAAAACUGGGCAUUGUGUCUUUUCAGUGGACAGCAGUUUCUCCAGUGAGUUGCAGCUGCUUCUCACACUGGUUGCCUAUCCAGCUGCCUUGGGCUGCCUGGACAGAGAGCCACGGACUCCUCACUUUCGGGAUGCUAGCUGGUUAUUAGAACAGCUGGGCAUUUCAGGGCUGGGCUGACAGGGCAGAAAAGCUCACCCAUCGUUUUAAAAUAUACUGUUAAAACUAGUCACACCCUUAUGUCUCAAAGCACGCCUGACUGCUUUGUAAUCAAGUUGCAUCAGCCUGUUUUAUGCAUAAGCCUACAAACUCAACUAAUUUAGGAGACAGUCUGGUGAACAAAGAGAGAUGGCAUUGUUAUAAAGGAGUGUUUGUGUGGAGUGCAAGGCAGGGGAUGGCCUGGGAGAGUUCCCGCCCUACCAACACAACUGCUUAUAAAAAUAACUGACCCCAUGCGACUGGCUGAGGAUCCUGUGUAGAGUGACCAUAUGUCCUUGUGUACCUGGGACAGUCCCACUUUAUGUCUGUUGUCCCAGAGGUAUUGUUAAUAGGGUUCCCUUUCACUCUCAAAGUUUGGAUGAUAAAUUAGAUGACCAUCCUAAUUAUACAUGACCCUGUAUACCGAAGUGGCUAGCAGAGACUUUUACUACAUGUAUGAGGUCCCUUGAGUCGAUCUUGACUCGUGACGACCCAUGUGUGUCAGAGUAGAACUGUGCUCCACAGGGUUUUCAAUGACUGAUUUUUUAGAAGUAGAUCUCAGGCCUUUCUCCAGAGGUCCCUCUGGAUGGACUCAGACUUCCAAUCUUUCAGUUAGCUUAACUUUUUGCACCAUCCAAGGACUCCAAUAGAUGGAUACAAUGCGUGGCUCAGUGGUUAAGAGCUUGGCUGCUAACCAAGGGUCGGCAGCUCAAAUCCACUGGUCACUCCUUGGAAACCCUAUGGGGCAGCUCUACUCUGUUCUGUAAGGUUGCUAUGGCAGCGAGUUUGGUUUUUUGGUAUGGAUGAUAUAUUGAAGGAAAAAUCCUGCCCCUGUGCACUUCCAUAGUACAAAGCUGGCUGUGGGUUAGCACUGUUGCUCAGUCAUGGCCAGGUCAUUUCACCAUUUUACAGCACAGUGACAUUUAGAGGCAAGAUCUAGGGCCAGAAUGUCAGAUAGACAAUGGUUCACAUCCUUUCUCAUCACCAACUGGCUCUUUGACCUUUAGGAGACGAUUUAGCUUCCUCAGCUAAAAAUUGGGGAUAAUCAUACGGACCUCACAGAGUUGGUGUAAUUAUUAAAUAAUCUAUGUCAAGCAUUUGGAAACCCUGGUGGCCUAGUGGUUGAGAGCUACAACUGGUAACCAAGAGGCCGGCAGUUCGAAUCCACGAGGCGCUCCUUGGAAACCCUGUGGAGGAGGUCUCCUCUGUCCUAUAGGGUUGCUAUGACUUGCAAUGGGUGGUUUUUUUUUUUUGUUUGUUUACCUAAAGCAUUUAGCAUAUUUAGCUUAUUUCCUGACACAGCAAGUGGUAACUGCCAUCAUCAUCAUCAUGGUCAUUAUGAGUCCAUCACUAUUAUUAUUUUGGCUCUCUUUUCUCCAUCUGUGAAGUACUGAGUGAUGAUCCCUGUCCUCCGUCCUCACCAUGACUCUGUGGGGCUGAGAUCAGGCAGCAUUCACAGAAGCCUUAUGUCCCUGGGGACAACCCCCCAGGGAAGUACACUGUCAGUGCUGGGGAUGUAGGCAGAGAUCACUUGUCUGCCCGCCCAGCUAUUCCAUCACUGGGGGACAUGGGAACUGAGUUCCCAAGACAUCAUCCCUUCCAUCCACCCUGAUGGCUCUCUCAUCUCGGGCCCUCCCUUUGUCCCCUCCCUGUCCCAGCCUCCUCCCUCCUCCCACAGAUGGUGCAGUGUAAACAGCAUGGCCAGGAUGUCAUUCACUAAUGCUGGCUGAUGCUGGUGGGCGGCCAUCCAAGGGGGACUGGAGACCAAGCUUCUGGUCCUGCCUGCGCAACACCACUCCCUAUUUCCUGCCUGGGGAUUUUCCUCUCCUCCACGUUUUGAGGAAAGGUGUCAGCUGUUCUGGGUAUACUUGUUUUAUUCUCUUUUCUUUUUCAUUUUUUUUCUUUCUUCUCUUACUGCUUUCCCUGCCUCACCCUAUUUUUCUUUCUUUCUUUUAAGUAGCUGAUUAGAGACGGUGUAUUGCAAGAAGUCCCUGGGUGGUGCAAACAGUUAACACACUCAGCCACUAUCCAUAAAGUUGACAUUCAGGUCCACCCGGAAAUGCCUUGAUAGAAAGGCCUGGCACUCUGUUUCAAAAAAUCAGCCAUUGAAAAUCCCAUGGAGCACAGUUCUACUUUGACACAUUUUUGGCUGCCACAAGUCAGAAUCUACUUGAAGGCAACUAGUUUAUUUCAUAAUAGUUAAGAACAGGAAUUUGAGCCAGACUGCCUCAAUUCAAAUGUUGGAUCUCCCACUUAAUAGCAGAAUAUUGUGGACAAGUGACUUAACUACUCUGUGCCUCAGUUUCCCCAUGUGUAUAAAGGGGGUAGUAGUAAUGCCUACCUUUUGUGGUUUCUGUGUGGUUUUGGUGAGUUACUAGAUGCACAGUGCUAAACAAAGCCUGGCACACAAUAAGUUCUUGAAAUGUUAGCUAGUUUUAGUAUCUACCUCUGAACCCUGGCGGUACAGUGGUUAAGCACUAGGCUGCUAACCGAAAGGUCGGCGGUUUGAACCCAUCAACCACUCCUUGGGAGAAACAUGUGGUGGUCUGCUUCCAUAAAGAUUGUGUUGUUGUUGUUAGGUGUUGCUGAGUCGGUCUGACUCAUAGCGACCCUAUGUACAACAGAACAGUCCUGCGGCAUCUUCACAAUUACUGCCAUGCUUGAGCCCAUUGUUGCAGCCACUAUGCCAGUCCAUCUCAUUGAAGGUCUUCUUCUCUUUCGAUGACCCUAUCACAUUACCAAGCAUGAUGUCCUUCUCCUCCUGAUCCCUCCUGAUGACACGUCCAAAGUAUGUGAGACAUAGUCUCUCCAUCCUUGCUUCUAAGGAGAAUUCUGAUUAUACCUCUUCCAAGACAGAUUUUUUCGUUCUUUUGGCAAUCCAGGGUAUAUUCAGUAUUCUUCGCCAACACUACAAUUCAAAGGCGUCUCCUCUCCUUCUGUCUUCCUUUUUCAUUGUCCAGCUUUCACAUCCAUAUGAGGCGAUUGAAAACACCAUUGCUUGGGUCAGGCGCACCUUAGUCCUUCUCUUAGUCAUCUACCCAAAAAAAAACUAGUGCUGCUUUAACAGAAAUACCACAAGUGGAUGGCUUUAACAAAGAGAAAUUUAUUUCCUCACAGUGAAGUAGGCUAAACGUCUAAAUUCAGGGCGUCAGUUCCAGGGUAAGCCUUUUUCUGUCUGUGGGCUCUGGAGGAAGAUCUUUCUCGUCAACCUUUCCUGGGACUAAGAGCUUCUCUGCAUAGGAACCCCAGGUCUAAAGGACACACUUUGCUCCUGGUGCUUCUUUCUUGGUAGGAUGAGGUGCCCAUUCUCUGCUUGCUUCACUUUUAUCUCUUGACGGUCACACCCUUUUUAUCUCUUGCAGGCCAAACCCCAGGGAAACUCCCGUCACAUUGGAUCAGGGAUGUGACUGGGUAAAGGUGGUGUUACAAUCCCAGCCUAAAUAGCCUAAUCCUCUUUAACCUAAAAUUACAAUCACAAAAUGGAGGACAACCACAGAAUACUGGGAAUCAUGGCGUAACCAAGUUGACACAUAUUUUUUGGGGGGACACAAUUCAAUCCAUGACAGUCCUCAAAGUGACAUCUUUGCUUUUCAACAUUUUAAAGUGGUCUUUUGCAGCAGAUUUGCCCAGUGCAGUGUAUCUUUUGAUUCCUUGACUGCAGCUUCCAUGGGUGUUGAUUGUGUAUCCAAGUAAAAUGAAAUCCUUUAUAACCUCAAUCUUCAGUCUUUUCUCCAUUUAUUAUGAUGUUACUUACUGGUCCAGUGACAAGAAUUUUUGUUUUCUUUAUGUUGAGGUGUAAUCCAUACUGAAGGCUGUGGUCUUUGAUCUUCAUCAGUAAGUGCUUCAAGACCUCUUCACUUUCAGCAAGCAAGGUUGUGUCAUCUACAUUAACUCAGGUUGUUAAUGAGUCUUCCUCCAAUCCUGAUGUCCUGUUCUUCUUCAUAUAGUCCAGCUUCUCAGAUUAUUUGCUCAGCAUACGGAUUGAAUAGAUACUCUUGUGACACGCGUGGCCUGUCAGCUACAGCUAAGAGCAGGUUAUCACUCAUUAAGGACAGGGAAGCUGCAGAACUCCAGGAGGCUACAGUCCUGAUUUGGGAAGCCAGGCUUGCCUUGGCUAGACAGCUGCUCACCUGGUUUGUCACAUCAGCCUGGAUUAGUGAACCUGAAUCAACAAGAGAUAUUUCCAGGUUUGCUGGGAUGGGGAAUCUACUCAAAGUCCUUACCAGGGAAAUCGAAAACUAUCCACAUUUUUUUCUGGAUUUUGAAAAUGCCCAGCCCACAGAAGGAGAGCGAGAAAUAUGGAACCAGAUCAGCGCGGUCCUCCAGGAUUCUGAGAGCAUCCUCACAGAUCUACAGGCCUACAAGGGAGCGGGGCCAGAGAUCCGAGACGCAAUUCAAAACCCCAAUGACAUUCAGCUUCAAGAAAAAGCUUGGAAUGCAGUGUGUCCUCUGGUUGUGAGGCUUAAGAGAUUUUAUGAGUUUUCCAUAAGGCUAGAAAAAGCUCUUCAGAGUUUGUUAGAAUCGCUGACCUGUCCACCCUACACACCAACCCAACACCUGGAGAGGGAGCAGGCCCUGGCAAAGGAGUUUGCGGAAAUUUUACAUUUUACCCUUCGAUUCGAUGAGCUGAAGAUGAGGAACCCAGCUAUUCAGAAUGACUUCAGCUACUACAGAAGGACAAUAAGUCGCAACAGGAUCAACAACAUGCAUCUAGACAUUGAGAAUGAAGUCAAUAAUGAAAUGGCCAAUCGAAUGUCCCUCUUUUAUGCAGAAGCCACGCCAAUGCUGAAAACCCUUAGCAAUGCCACGAUGCAUUUUGUCUCUGAAAACAAAACCCUGCCCAUAGAGAAUACCACAGACUGCCUCAGUACAAUGACAAGUGUCUGCAAAGUCAUGCUGGAAACUCCGGAAUACAGGAGUAGGUUUACCAGCGAGGAAACACUGAUGUUCUGCAUGAGGGUGAUGGUGGGGGUCAUUAUCCUCUACGACCACGUCCACCCAGUGGGAGCUUUCUGCAAGACAUCCAAGAUUGAUGUAAGAACAGCUAAGGAGUGGGCUUUCCAAAUAAGAGCAUGCGAAUGGUGGCAAACAGACCCUGCUUCCCCCCUUUCUGCUCCUCCCUCCACUAUGAAAGGCUGCAUAAAGGUUUUGAAGGAACAGGCCCCGGACAGUGUGGAAGGUCUGCUGAAUGCCCUCAGGUUCACUACAAAGCACUUGAAUGAUGAAUCUACUUCUAAACAGAUUCGUGCAAUGCUUCAGUAGAGCACUGCUCAGAGAAGAGGAUCUAUGUACUGACCUCAGAAGAUGUAUAUGUUUACAUAAUUUAAUACAGAUUGAUGUUAAUACUUGUGUAUUUACAUAACCAUUUCCUUCUUGACACUGAAAUAUAUGGACCUUAAUUUGUAUCCUGACUGACUCAAUCCAGCACAGCAUAAAUUGACUUGAGAGCCUUACCUUUGAUGUUUGAAACGAAAACCCCUGCUCCAAAGGCAAAUUUUGGAGACUUUUGCUACUGGAGUCCUUUAACCACACCUGUAACAAUCAGAAAUCCCUAAUAGUUUGUGAUAGUGUUUUAAUUCUAGAUGUGUCAUCGCUCUGGAAAGUAUAGUUAUAGAAACACAAAGUACGCAAUUUUCUGUCUCGGCUCAGCUAUGAGAAACACAACUGUAAUUCUGAGAGAGGGAGAGGAAUCCAAGAAAAGAAAAAUGCAUGUGUGGAGAAUCAAACCCAAGUGUUUGGAAUUCAGCACGCCCCCCUCUCUUUCCUCAAACUGCAAAGCACACGUGCAAGUUUUCUGUUGACACGUGUUUUAUUCAUCAGCAUACUCUCUUUCUGUCUAGAUUUAUUCCCCUCUAACAUUCACUUUUAAUUUUGCAACAGGAAAAUGAACCUGUGUUUUAAACUGUGAGAAGGAAGUAGAAUGCGUAGGUGCGCUGCUGUAGCUGGGCUGAUUGAUGAAGGUGAUUGUCUUGGAAGUGGGAGGCAAGUGGCAAGGAGGGGCACCCAGACAGCAGGACAGUCAUCACUCUGCUUCAACCCCCUGCUUUUAAGGACAAGGACAGGGAACACUGGCUUUGAAAUUAUGGAUAUGUUUUCUGACCUUUCAGUUCUCUGCUGAGUGCUGGAAGUGCCCCCAAAACCAAUUGUCAUCGAGUUGAUUCUGACUCAUGGUGACCCCAUGUGUGUCAAAGUAGAACUGUGUUCCAUAGGAUUUUCAGUGGCUGAUCUGAACUGUAGCUCACCCAAACUGUCUUUUGAGGCACUUCUGGGUGGACUCAAACUUUCAACAUUUUGGUUAGCAGUCAAGCACAUGAAACUUUCGUACCAUCGGUGGACUCCCACCCUUCCUACUGGUUAGUCCGAUUCUCUGUGGUCUCUUUAUGUGGAGACAGAGGUCUAGGGCACUUUAUUAGUUAGCAGAGAACUGGAGGAAUUGGAAGGGGAAAAAAAAUCAAAACUAUAUUUUCUAGAUGCCUGAUAUUUAAAAGCCAGCUCCUCCCCCACCUCACCGUCAGCCUGUUGCUCUGUCUGCCCUGUGAGUAUCUGCAUUCUAGUCCUUGCCCUACAAGUGAGUCACGGUGUGAUCUUGGGAAAUCUGCUUCAGCUCUCUGCAUCUUAUCUUCCUCAUCUAUAAAAUGGGUGAUAAUCUUCAAGAGCCUUUUUAAGGCCACAAGCCAAUAAAAUGACUGAUUCCACCUUCCUUCUUUAGUAAGCAGAGUCUAGUAAGCACUACCCCACCUUAUCUUGAUAAUUAAUAACAGUACAAGGCCUUGAGUUAUUAUUAUUCUGUAGAUCAAAGGGCAUAGAAUGGAAUCUUAGAAAAGUUCUAUUCUGACCUCCAAUGGAAAAUGAGCCACAGAGAAUCCAGUUACACAGGCUCACCUCCAUGUCGGACUAGAACCCAGGGUGCUUCAAUCCUGACUCUAUGCUCUUUUUUUUAUUCCACAAUGUGGCCUAUGGAUACAUAAUAUAGGAUGGGGUCAGACCUUUAUAAAUAAACCCUUAGCCUGGCCUGUAUUAUUACUUGUAUAUUUCUGACAGAAGAAAGAAUAGCCCAGACAGUUAGUGAAUGAGAGUCCCAGAAGUUGGGUCUGGAUAUGUCCGGGUUUGGCAUCAUUACCCACAUCCCAAGGAAUGAGCUGUCAGCUACCAUUGCUUUGUGGACUUUAGUGGCCAGCUGGCAUUCCCUGGAGUCCUCCAAAAAAGGGGGAGAAAUCUUGUUUGUUGCUGUGGUUGUUCUUAAAAAAAAAACAAAGAAAUGCAGACAAGUGGCAGAACAGUACUUUUGUACAGAUUCCUUGGUCUAUAUCUAAGUGCUAGUCAGCAAAGAGAGGACAGGCCCUUUUCCUUGGAGCUUUUCAGGCUGACCAAGGCUGCUUAGGUGGCCAUUCUCUCAUCAGAACAGAAAUACUGUAGAUAGCCUUUGGGAUCUUCUCAAACCUAGGGAUUCUAAAACCCUAAAGGAAGGUAGAAAAUGGGAUAACACCAGGUAAACAAAUUCAGUAACCAUUCAGUUUAAGAAAUGUUCUUCUAUUCAGCAGCCACAUGUUAUGCUUGGGCAAAUAACUGUCAAGGCUAGAAUUACAGAAGCAAAUAAUGUUUACAGGCAUUGGGUCCAUUUUCCUGCUUUACCAGGUGAGGAGAUUAAGGCUUGGAGAGAGGGAAAGGCUUGCCAGCCAUCACGGAAUUAAUGAGGCACAGACCUGGCACUUGAACCCAAGUCGGGUGUUUAUACCGCAGCUGCCUCUCAACUGGUUAAAGGAGAAAAUGGUAGGGGUUAUAUGUCAAUUUUUUAAAAGAAAAAAUAUAUAUAGCAAAUAGUUGAGCACAUUUGCAAUUUUUCUUUAGAAUUUCUAUCAAAUAGGACCAACCAUAUGGGAGAGGCUGCUAGCCUGCCCCAGUUUAGCCAGGCUACCUUAUCUCAUAGCCAUGAGGCACCAACACAUGGAUUCUGAAAAGCCCAGGGCCUGAACUGUUGCCUUUGUUAUCGUUAGGACAGGUUAACUGAAUGUCUGUGAUCACUAACAGGUGAUGGGCCUUGGGUCCACUCCAGAGCUACUGUGGGAGACAAAUUCUUUUAACAGACUGUCCGCCAGGCAUCAGAAGUCCUUGAACAUCCCAAUUAUUUGUGCUGCAUGUACAUGUGUGCAAGACCUGUGGGUGGUUUAGGAGAAAGUGCUAGAGACAGUGUCAAUAUCAAUGUUAACCAUAUUUCAUAUUUGAUGUCUCCUUGUUUUUAAAUAAACAGUGUUUUUCAUGGCUCUGAUAUUUAUUUUGGGCAAGCAACAAGGUAAAAAUGACAUUUUUCAGAUGCAGUGCUGCUUUGAAAUUAUAGCUUUGUUCUCAGAAACCUUUCAUGUGCCAGUAGGAAUUGGAAAAAAAAAAAGUGGAAAUGAAUAUUUUUAAUUGAACUGACCCAUUAAAAAAAAAAACUUUUUUUUUUUUUUUUUAGGCUUACGAUAUUUAA